UCCCAAUUUAACCAAGGAAAAUUAAAGUUCAAUCCCCAAACCUGAUUUUAUACUUCCUCCGGCGAACGCCAUAGCCACACAUAGUACAGCCUCUUUGUUGAACGUAGUACUGAAUAUUUUGUUUCAAUUACAGGAAUCUACAAGAGAAGAAAAGGGUUUUUAAGAUUUCCAACAUUUGGUGUAUUUUGGGGGAACAGAAAGUAUACAGACACAUUUUCGGAUAAAUGCUCCUGCAGUUUCCAGCAAUACCUAUUGCUCCAUGGAAUCCAUCUCAGAGGGGUGUUUGCCUUGGAGGAGUGGAUUGUAAGAGGUCUCAGUUACCAGCUUCAAGGUCAUGUUUUCUUGGGCUGAAGUUUGAGUAUGAACGGCUUCAUACCUAUGUGCCAACGACUUCAGGGGCCUUUGUUUGCGCUGGCCAGAGGCCUCCUCGAUAUCAUACCAAAAAGAAGCAGGUGGUACAUCCUCAAAAUGUGGAUCUUCCCCCCAUCCUUCCCAAAAAAAAGAAGAAACCUUAUCCAAUUCCUUUGAAGAAGAUCCAGCAGGUAGCAAGGGCCAACAAAAAACUUGCAGAAAUGGGAAUAGAGAAGCCUCUUGAGCCUCCUAAAAAUGGACUACUUGUACCUGAUCUUAUUCCAGUUGCUUAUGAAGUGUUAGAUGCUUGGAAAAUACUAAUUAAGGGACUUGCACAGCUUUUGCACAUAGUUCCCGUCUAUGCUUGCAGCGAGUGCUCGGGAGUUCAUGUGGCCCAUGCAGGUCACAGCAUUCAGGAUUGCCAUGGUCCGACUGGUGCGCAGCGCAGAAGCUAUCACUCAUGGGUGAAGGGUUCCAUUAAUGAUGUACUUCUUCCUAUUGAGUCAUACCAUAUGUAUGAUCCUUUUGGACGGCGCAUUAAGCAUGAGAGUAGGUUCGACUAUGACAGAAUUCCAGCAGUUGUGGAGCUAUGCAUCCAAGCUGGUGUUGAUUUACCAGAAUAUCCUUCGCGGCGAAGGACUGAACCUGUCCGAAUGAUUGGAAGAAAAGUGAUAGACCGAGGUGGAUUUGUUGACCCUCCUAAACCGUGUCACUCUGAGGAUUCAGCUUCAUCACUUUUGGAUCUUGACACGCACAGGGCUUUUGAGCGAUUCUCCGCUCCUAAAAUGUCAGAGGUUCCAACUAUUGCUAAGGAGACCAUUAUUGCAUACGAGAAAGUGAGAUGGGGUGUGACUAAGUUGAUGAGGAAGUACACAGUGAAGGCUUGUGGGUAUUGCUCGGAAGUUCACGUUGGGCCUUGGGGUCAUAAUGCUAAGCUUUGUGGGGAAUUCAAGCAUCAGUGGAGGGAUGGGAAGCAUGGUUGGCAGGACGCGACGGUGGAUGAAGUGUUUCCCCCUAAUUAUGUAUGGCAUGUUCAGGAUCCAGAAGGACCUCCAUUGAGGAGCGCAUUGAAGAGGUUCUAUGGGAAGGUUCCUGCUGUGGUAGAAGUGUGCAUGCAGGCGGGUGCACAAAUACCUAACAAGUACAAACCUAUGAUGAGGCUUGACAUUGUCGUCCCAGAGAGUGAGGAGGCGUUCUUAGUUGCAUGAUGAGGUUUGUCAAGAUUAUAUAGGCUUUAUAUGUGCAGCAUUUAAAACUUUCAAGAGUAUAUUCACAUUUGAUGUACAGCUUUCUGUAUGUAACUGCUCAAACCUCCAAAUUUGAAGGGUAGUACUAUAUAUGCCUUGUGUUUGAAGUA